CAAAAUAAAAUAAACAUUUCCCUUGACUGUUACCCUCCCACCCAGCAGAUGGCGAUGUGCCCUUUUUUCAGGCAAUGCUGCCAGUGUGACGUAUAAUCUAAUGGACGGGACGCUUCUUCAACAACGUCGAGUUAUUCACCUCCGUAGCUUUUAGCCAUCAUAGACGAAAACAUUCAAGCUCUUUAAACGUUUUCGGUGUAUAUUAGCCACGGUGUUUUAAACACACUUGUCGUAUCUACUAGUUAGUUACCCAAUUUAAUAUAAUAUUUACGUUGUUGUUAGCUAACUGGCUGAGUAAAUUAGAAGUAGUGCUAGUCUAGUCACUAAUGCUAACUAGCUAUCUAGCUAACAUCCCAACCAUGAGCUCACGAAACGACUCCCCCACUUCUAAAGAGGGGGUCUGCUGGACGGAGAAAGAAACUCUGGGGCUGAACAUUGUCGUGAAAGAGGAGAAGGAAGAAGAGGAUGUCACAGUAAAAGUAGAACAGAAAGACGUUUCAGUGAAAGAAGAGGAGGAUGUUACAGUAAAAGAAGAAGAUGAAGAUGAGGAGAAGGGGGAGAUGACUGCCACAGUGAAAGAAGAAGAAGAGAAAGACGUUAAAUUGAAAGAAGAGGAAGACUCAUUCAGAGUGAAAGAGGAGGAGGAUGUUACAGUAAAAGAAGAGGGGGAAGAGAAAGAGGAGAUGACUGUCACAGUGAAAGAAGAGGAAGACGUUUUUGAAAUGAAGGAAGUGGAGGAGAUUACUGUCACAUUAGAAGAAGAGGAGGAGGAGACAGGAGAUCUGAUUAACAACAGAGAGAGACCAGUCUCUCCAUCUGACAGCAGAAAGAGUCCUUCAGGGGAACCAGACCCAGAGACCCCAGCGAGACAACACCACUGCUCCCAGUGUAAUAUGAGUUUUAAGUGGUUAUGGAAGCUGAAAGAGCAUGAAAGGAAACACACUGGAGAAAAGCCCUUCCAAUGCUCCCAGUGUGGAAAUAGAUUCUCACGAGCACAUGACCUAAAAUCACAUGAGAGGACACACACUGGGGAAAAACCACACAAUUGUUCCCAGUGUGGAAAGCUUUUUUCCCAUUUAGGGAACCUGAACAAACAUAAGCGAAUACACUCUGGAGAGAAGCCUUACCCCUGUUCCCAUUGUGGAAAGAAUUUUAGGUCUUCCGAUAACCUGAAAGCGCAUGAAAGGACACACACAGGGGAAAAACCUUACCAUUGCGCCCUGUGUGGAAAGGAUUUUACCAAGUUAAGGAACCUAAAAGAGCAUGAGAGGAAACACACAGGAGAAAAGCCUUACGAAUGCUCCCAGUGUGGAAAGAGUUUUUCCCAUAUAGGGAACCUGAACAAACAUAAGAGAGUACACUCUGGAGAGAAGCCUUACCCCUGUUCCCAUUGUGGAAAGAAUUUUAGGUCUUCCGAUAACCUGAAAGCGCAUGAAAGGACACACACAGGGGAAAAACCUUACCAUUGCGCCCUGUGUGGAAAGGAUUUUACCAAGUUAGGGAACCUAAAAGAGCAUGAGAGGAAACAUACAGGAGAAAAGCCUUACCACUGCUCCCAGUGUGGAGAGAGAUUUUCAAGGUCACUAUACCUUAAAACACACGAGAGGACACAUACAGGAGAAAAGCCUUACCACUGCUCCAAUUGUGGAAAGAGAUUUUCAACAUCAUCUGACCUAAAAAAGCACCAGAGGACACACACAAGGAAGAAAUCUUACCAUUGCUCUCAAUGUGGAAAUAGUUUCUUACGAUCACAUGACCUAAAAUCGCAUGAGCUGACACACACAGGGGAAAAACCACAUAGUUGCUCCCAGUGUGGAAAGUGUUUUUUGUAUUUAGGGAACCUGAACAAACAUAAGAAAAUACACUCUGGAGAGAAGCCUUACCCCUGUUCCCAUUGUGGAAAAUUCUUUAGGUCAUUAGAUAACAUGAAGGAGCAUGAGAGGACACACACGGGGAGAAGCUUUACCAUUGUGCCUUGUGCGGGAAGAGAUAUUCACGAUCACAUGACCUAAAAUUACAUAAAAGGAAACACACAGGGGAAGAAAACGCACAAUUACACACACAGGGGAUAAACCACACAGUUGGUCCCAGUGAGGAAAGAAUUUAACGCAGUUAGAGAACCUCUUCCCAUUGAGGAAAUACAUUGUCCCGGUAACCUAAAAUC